AGCGCUUAAAGUUACGUUAAGUUAGUAGUUGAAACAGGUAAUACUAUUUACAUAUGUAUAUGUAUUUCAAGUUGAAAACACUGUUGGUCACCCUUUUCGAGUUUAUUACUUUAGAUGAAAACGAUUGUGCUUGAAAUAGAUUUUUUAGGCUAGGCUUACACGGCUUCAUCUUAUCUCGUAUGUGCACCGUAUACGUAUAAGAUUUAAUCGAACGGCGAUUUUAUGACAACAAGCAAAAUACUAAUGCACUGCUAUCGGAGACACAUUUUGAGUAUCAAAUGGUAAAAUUGCGUCCUCGAUGUGUUAUAGAUUGGAUACUGGCAGUAUAAAAAAUUAAGAAACCAACCAGUUGUACGGAAAAAAGUUUCUCCUUGUGAUCCUAGCCUUAUGAUGUUAUGUGACGCGUAGAAAAAGAAGAAAUACAACAAAAAUAGUAAAGUUGGGACUUGGUGUAAGCAUUUAAAACAAAUCACGUUUUGACAAUUAUUAUAUAUAAACAUUUUAAAUACCCAUUGGAUUCUUUCUUCGUACUUUCAAUGCAAAUAAUGAUAUACCUACGUAUCGACGAGCGUUUACGGUUGUCCAUAAAAUAAAGUAUUUCAUGACGGUGUCGUUUCGUGCCAAGCCAUGAUAAAAUUAAUUCAAUUACUAUUUAUCUACUUUAUUCAAUAUACCAUUUGUACCGGAAUUGAAAUAAGAAUAGAAGCAGAUGACGCUAUUAAAAUUUUGAAGACAUUCGUAAUGUCUCCUGUAUUUAAAAGCAUUGCAAACGACUUCAGAAAGUCUGCUUCCGAUUACAAUAAUCCAUAUCACCCCGAGGAUGAUAUCUUAUCUAACAAUGGAGUGACUCCUACCACAGAAGGUACCACCACUCAGUCGCCAGAAGACAUUAAGUUAGAAAUUGACAACAAAAAUUAUAGUGGAAAAGUGAGCGAAGAUGAGCUGGCUGACACUUUGGACGAACUUAAUAUAAUUAAUAACGCUACAGUUCCGGAUAACGAGAUUCGUCAUAACGAUACCAGCAUUAUGGAUAUCGCUGAUCAGACAAAUGCUAUACCGAAAAUUAAUGAAAGUGAUUUUAAAGAUUAUCAGCCCUUGAAAAGAAGGUUUUCUGUUUUAAAAGGUACUUUAGUACCAAGUUAAAAAACGAAUUGUCAAAUGAAUUAAAUGUUAUUUAUGAUUCUGUUAAUUGUUUUCAGUUGAAAACCGAGUAACAAC